AAGCGUACCACCUCCUCCACUCAACCAGCCAGGCUUCAAACUUCUAGAGCGCACUGCGAAAACUUUCCUCUGCAACUGCUGAAAAACCGACUGACACAGGACAGCGCCGAGUGAGAAGUGAUAGGGAAAGUAGAACGCGUAGCCCGUUAAUAGUUGCCUGGGGUUUGGGAAUGGCUGAGAGUCGGAAUGAUCUAUGUCCUCCUUCCGAAUGGCACAUGUGAGCCGAACCCUGUCUCAUACGGGUCUAUUUUGUUAUAUGUUAGGAGGCGAAAGCCAGUAAACAGCGAGAAAGAGACAGGGGGAAGGUUGAAGUAUCUACAACAGCCUGUCGACACCACUAUCCUCUCAUCUCGAGAUGGUCUGUCCGCAAGGACUUCGAUGGUUCCUACUUACCGCUCUCUUGCACGCUGUCGCACCCCGGGACACCCGCGAGAGACCGAGGCAAUGUGACCCACCGAAGUCGCAAACCGACAUGAACUCUUUCCUCUGGACGGUGGAGCGCCCAGCUCCCUAUCCCCCCUCCUAUCUCUUUGGGACCAUCCAUGUGCCCUAUACCCGUGUGUGGGACUUCAUCCCAGAUGUCUCCAAACGGGCCUUUCAGACCAGCGCCAACGUGUUCUUCGAGCUAGACCUGACUGACCCCCUGACCAUCUCCAAGCUGACCAGCUGCCAGCUGCUGCCCCACGGGGAAAACCUGCAGACCCUGCUGCCCCGGGACCUGUACCGCCGCCUCAAACGCCACCUGGACUACGUCAAGCACAUGAUGCCCUACUGGAUGACGGCAGACCAGCGGGGCCGGGGGCUGUACGCUGAUUACCUCUUCAAUGCCAUUGCAGGAAACUGGGAGAGGAAGAGGCCUGUGUGGGUGAUGCUGAUGGUUAACUCUCUGACGGAGUCAGACGUGAGGUCCCGGGGGACCCCCGUACUGGACCUGUUCCUGGCCCAGGAGGCCGACCGCAUGGGGAAGAGGACAGGAGCGGUGGAGCGGGUGGAGGAGCAGUGUCACCCCCUCAACGGACUUAACUUCUCCCAGGUGCUGUUUGCUCUGAACCAGACCCUGCUGCAGCAUGAGAGUGUGAGAGCAGGCAGUCUGCAGGGCUCCUUCACCACAGAGGACCUCAUCACACACUAUAACUGUGGAGACCUCAGCUCCAUCAUCUUCAACCAUGACACUUCACAGCUCCCUCACUUCAUCAACAGUUCCCUACCGGCCCAUGAGAGGACCACGGCGCUGCAGAUUGACAGCUACUUCCGUCAGGAACUCAUCUACAAACGCAACGAGCGAAUGGCACGCCGCAUCUCCGCCCUCAUCCAGCGAAACCCCUCCCAGACCUUCUUCUUUGCUUUUGGUGCAGGUUAG